AGAAUUUUUGUUCUUGAUUGUAUACGUUUGUGGUAUGUCUAAACCGCCUGACGUAGUGCGGCCGGAGCCAGCUAGCGGAAAACGUAAACCCGAGGAUUACCAGUUUUUGAAAGCCAUUGGCGAAGGGAGCUUCUCGACGGUGUACUUGUGUCGGGAAGUUGUGGGUCGGCGUUUCUUGGCGGUGAAAGUGUGCCGGAAGAAGCUGAUCAUCAAGGAGAAGAAGGUCGAUUAUGUGAAACGCGAGAAGCAAGCAUAUCAGAUCUUGGACUCGCAAUGGAAAGAGACGUGUCCGUUUUUCGUGAAGCUCGCCUGCUCCUUCCAGGACGUCUCGUGUCUUUAUUACGUCUUGACUCUGGCGGACAAAGGAGACCUUCUGCUGUAUCUCAACACAAAUGGAGCCAUGGAUCUUCCUUGUGCUAGUUUUUAUACCGGCGAGCUGGUGCACGCCCUGGAGCACAUGCAUGGAUUGGGCAUAAUCCAUCGCGACGUGAAGCCAGAAAAUAUUCUCCUGAAUUCAGCCAUGCACAUCAGAAUCAGCGAUUUCGGGUCGUCAAAGAUCCUGCGGGGUCCCUUCGCUCCGCCGUCGGAGAACACGGAAAGCAACGAAGGCUCUGGAGACGGAAGCGCGGCUUCGCACAAGAGACGCAUGAGUUUCGUGGGUACUGCGCAGUACGUUUCUCCGGAAAUUCUCAACAACUGGCCGUCCACACCGGCUGCGGAUUUGUGGGCACUGGGUGUAGUGACUUUCCAAAUGCUGGCCAAUCGUCCGCCGUUUCAGGCGCAAGCGAGUUACACGAUUUUCCAGAAAAUUUUGAAACUCGAGUACAAAUUCCCGGAGAAUUUCCCCGAGACUGCGCAGGACUUGAUCAAGAAGUUGCUGGUUAUUGAGCCGAUUGAGCGUCUCGGAGCUCGCGACAUCAAAGUGUAUUCAUCCCUGAAAGCCCACGAGUUUUUUGCGGGCUUGGAUUUUGAAACCCUGUACAAGACAACGCCUCCGGACCCGGCUUGCAAGUAUUCCAAGUCUUUGCUCGCGGAAGAUUGUGCCAAAGAUGAGGAUGUCGAGCCUGGUCUGUCGGAAGAACGACUUCUCCAGGUGGAAAUUAUGUCAGCUCUGGGAAGUCGGAAAGAGGAUCCGGCGGAAGUUCCUGUUAUUCCAGCUCUGCCCAAGAGGAAACGCCUGACGGACAUUUCCCCCGAGGAAUGUAAGAGACGUUUGGAACAACAGAAAACCGACAACCGAUGGCACAAAUUCGUGCAAGGGAACCUCAUCUUGAAACAGGGUCUGUUGGACAAGAAGAAAGGUCUGUUCCCGCGUCGACGGAUGUUCCUAUUAACAUUCGGUCCUCGGUUGUUCUACAUUGACCCAGACCACAUGGAGCUCAAGGGAGAAGUUCCGUGGAGCCGAGAACUGCGCCCGGAAGCCAAAACGACGAAAGCUUUCAAGUCGUUUGUGAUCCACACCCCCCACAGAAUUUACUACCUGGAGGACCCCGCGGGAUUCGCAUUGGAAUGGUGUCAAGCCAUCGACGAUGUGUAUGAAUAUUACUACGGAAAACGGGAAUCCAAGGUUCCUUGAAGUUAGGCGCAAAAAUUCUUCUCCCCCGGAUUCCUGCUUUCCUUCUUCCUUUUCUUUUUUUCGUCGAGUGUUCUCUCGAAACUUGUAAUCGCGAACUUACUGGACAUUUGCUUGAGGGUCCUAGGCUAUAAUUCAAUGUCGAAAAGUGGAGCUUGUUCGAAUUUUGUAAAUCGUUGGCGAGAUUUAAUUGUGUUUUUUUGGGUGGGAGGGCGAGAUAAAAAAGACAACCGGUAUCAGAAUUGGUGACUGGGACUGUUGAGCGCGUCCGAAAACAGCGUUUGCUCGAAAGAGCGUGAGCCGAAAACAGCGGGAAUACUUCCGCAAAACGGUUUCCUAUGCGAUGGAUUCCUCAAGAUUAUUCUGACUUGUAAGAUCAAAUGGCAGUUCGCUUUGUCGGAAGCACGGAAUAUUUUGUAAUCGUCUUCAGAACCUUUUUUCAAAUUUCCCGAAAUAAUCCGAACUCAUUGAAAGUGGCUGAAGAUGAAAAACAAGCGAACAUCUGAAGGUAAUGGGGAGUAUCUUGAUAUGCAGGAAGCGAAGAAUCCGUCCAAUUGAGAUUUUACAGGAAAAUGGAAUCCUCCGCUUGUAGAUCAAGUCUUUUUUACCCCGGGGCUUUGAACAUCUUUUGUUUCGAUUAUUGCCGUAGUUAUUUCCCUGGUAAAUUUCAAUCUUCAGACCAAAAACGCGCGGCUGUUGAACUCGGUGCGUGAAGGAAUACCCUGGAGCUGUUCAGGUGAAUUUUCAGGAAGAGAGCCAAGUUAAUUUUUAGUAGAAUCCUUACCGAAAUAAAUUCAUGAAGAAGUUUUUUCUCGAGAUCCUCUCGAUAAGAUAACUUAAUUGAUCUUGCUCGUUUCUAAUUUUCAUCUACGCGCGAAAAAUAUGCAUUUAUUCCUCCGAACAAGAAGAAAUGAACCCGGAGUUAUACUUCGGUUUACAAUGCUCCCAUCCCUCAGAUUCCUUCAAUUGAAGCGACGCUGAAAAUUUUUUUUUUGUCCCUGAAUGACUUAUCAACAUUUUUUUCAGUCGAAUGGGAUUUUCAAGGGAAACCUUGCGUUUAAAACCAAAAGAAACGUCACUUCAGCAGGUGUAAUCGAGAGUCGGAAAAUGACGCCGAUGGAAAAAAAUGAGCAACGUGAUCAAAAUGAACAUCAUCUCGGAGAGUUUCAUGUCCAUCAGUUUAUGAAUCGCCUGAGAUUCUAUGCGCUUGAAAAUUCCGUCAUUUUACGCUGGUUUUUCGGAAUCGCGCUAUUUUUUUGCGACGCACUCAACUGAUCCGGCACACUCAGAAAAUCUGUCACACUGAAAUGCUCCUCAUGAAAGCCAAAAACAAAAGGUUCACUGAAUCUUUGAUAGAGUUCCCGAAUUUGAGUCUUCCUCGGAGGGAAUCCCGAGUAGGUUUGCAGAGAGGAACAUAUUAAAACUCUGCCGUAUGCAUAGAGAAAGUUGUUGAAAUUUGUUUUAUUGUUGGCUUCUUUGUGUGUGUGUUUGAAGGGAAGAGGGACAAGAGAAGAUCGAUUCCUCGUCAUGAGCUUGUGAAGUGUUACGGAACGAGCUGGCUCUUGUAAUUGCACCGCGGUGAAAUUGCCACUGAUCUCGAGAAACGUUCACGUAUUUUUUAGCCUAUCGAGUACUUGUAAGAGAGAGAAAGGAAAUAGUGACGCGAAGAAGAAUUUUGUGAUGCUUGGGUCCUUUACGGUGUGUGGUGGUGGUCAGCAUUUGCGGGAGUGGCAAACAAGGCUUGUCGCGAUUAGCUUUACUGCAAUGCUCGCCGGGCGCCUCUUUUUUUUUCCGACGGAAAGUCAGGUUUUGUUCAAUGGACUUGCUGGCGAGAAAUUUGUUGUUUCGUUUGUGGAAUGGUUGUACAUAAGUUUUUUUUUUGUGCCGAAAUUUUAUCGUGUCACCGUGGGGAUGCACGUUGUGCAAUUACAGCUCCUGUCGAUUUUGUGCAA